CUCGCGACGGGAAAGUGAUUGAAUACAUUCAAUAGCUGCUGACAUCACACAGUUACCAUACAAAAUGUCGCGAGCAACGCAAACGGCUGCUGUUCUGGUGCUCCUUGCAUCUUUCUAUAUGUCACUUUUCAUGGGCUACGCGCCGCUUCCCGAGAAAGUCCAGAACGAAGUUGUCCCAUAUCUCCCAUUCUGGGCUCUCGUAUCAUUCGGCGCAUACCUCCUUGCAAGACUCGGUUGGGGAGUGUUGACCUUCAACGACGUGCCAGAGGCGCAUAAGGAAUUGAUGGCUCAAAUCGAACAAGCGAAGACGGAACUGCGGGCAAAGGGCGUUACAGUAGAUUAGUCAAUCUGCCCCGGGACGCUUUGCAGGUUGUCACGAGGUAUGCAGGAGUCGGGCAAACACAUGGCAGGAAUCUACGCCGUUUUAACACAGCAUUCUCGUUGCGAUACAUGUAUGCAUCGUCAUUUUACCAAACUAAAAGUUCAACUCCGCGAGAUCUUGUACAAGUAUUGGCUCAUCGUCUACUCGACGUCUUCACAUCUCCUGUGCUACUAGACCAAGGCAUAUAUACUUGGGGUCGUUCCAAUCCGCUCAUGUUCAAGCAGUUCGCUAUUGGCUGUUAUUACUACACCGGAAUUGUCUGCUUAUUCGCC